GUGUACCAUGCCUCGCUCUGCAUUUUCUCCUCACCUGAAGGCGGACCCUAGUGUUCCCGCUAGCCGUUAGCAGGUUCGCCGUUCUGGCUGUGCUUCCCGUCUUGAUCUGUGGAAUUCCAUCAAUACCAGCCGUCCGGUCACACGCGGAAGUUUGACGGGAGCCGUCCGUUCGAUUCACCAGAGGGUGCUUGCCGUUGAGGACUUCUAGACACGCUGUAGUUCCCGGACCUGACGCGAACGGAAUCUGUCAAUUCCUGUCUAGUCGUUGCUACCGUCUGCGCACACGCUGUCCUGCCUCCGGGUCCAAGCCUGCCAUUCUCAGGUGUUCGCCGAUCGUAGCACUGAUUCCCUUCGCCAAAGCAAGUUACCUCCUGUUGAUUCUAGCUCAGGGGACGCCCGAUUCGCUCGCUUACCUAUUGCUGUCAGCCUUUCCAGCUGCCGAAGGCAGUGUGUAGAAGGCUGGGAUUCUGUAGGUUGCGGAGCAGUCGUCGGCUGGUUGACCGAUCGGUCCCGGAACCGUCACAGCCAGUUCCAUCAAGCCGCAAUGUCCGCGCUCUUUGACUUUCAAGCGUUUCUAUCCGUGGUGCUGUUGGUCAUCUGCACCUGCACCUAUGUGAAGAUCCAUUUCCCCAACCUCCUGCAACAAAAAACAGGAUUCCGGGGCUUCUUUUGGAAAGCAGCAAGAAUUGGAGAGAGGCUUAGUCCAUGGGUUGCUGUCUGCUGUAUGGCCAUGGGACUUUACACCCUCUUCUUUUGAUGUAUGCUGUUAAUAAAAUUUUACAGGGUUGUCAUUACAGCCAUGUUCUAGGUACUGGUACCGUAUGUAGAUUCUAGUGUAGUGCUUCCUAAGACGGUUGACUAAAUGCACCUUAUACUACAAAUCAUCGAG